AGCGUUGCUGUUCUCAUGUCCUUGGUAGCAAAAAAGAGAACACUUAACAUCUCCCCGCUCCCUACGGUAACGCAACUGAACAGUGAAGAGCGUACUUCCAAUAAAACCCUAUCCUACCAUCAACUCACAAAUCACCACGUAAUCCGGAACCCUUGUUGGGUCAAACGUGGCGUUAUCGUAUUGGUUGAAGCACUGUUUCUCUGUACUUUCGAGUUCGGAAAGUUAAAGAAAAACAGAACCGCCUCAAGUCACAGAAGUUUCUUUGUAAAUUGCAAGGAAAAAAACAUUGCGUGAAGACCAAAAAGAAAAAGGGGAAAACCCGUAGUUUUGGGUUUUAUUAUUUAAAUUUUGUUUCUCCAUCUCUCUUUCGUAGAGAAAACAGAGCUAAAACCCAGAAGAACCAAAGAAAGAGUGGGGGAGGAAAGCAAAAAACUGAGAAAGGCGCACGCUUGAAGGGAGUCAAAUAAAAGAGAAACGGAAGAUAACAGAAUAGGCGUUGAUAGACCGUAGAAUCUAAGAAUCACACACAAAAGUUUUGGUGGGGUUUUAUGUUUUUUUCCCCCUUCAAUUUUCUGUUUCACUUUUUUAAAUGAAUCCCCUUCCUUAACUACACUUCUUGCGUGUUUCCUGCGGUCUAUCUACUCUUAAUCUGUGUCUUCACUCACUCUUUUUUCUUCUCUCUGUUUUUUUCUGAAUCUUUAUAAAAACUAUUGAUUUCUUUCUCUUCUUUCUGGGUUUUUUUUUUAUAAUUCUUGUUGCUCUUGGUUCUUUUCCCCUUUUUUUUUUUUUUUUUUGAAGUGGGAGUAUCCGAGUUCUGGGCAAUUGAUUGAUGGAGGAAGAAGGUAGGGUUUCUGGUGGCAAUGGGUCAUCUUACUGGCUGGAUGCUUGUGAGGACAUAUCAUGCGACUUGAUUAGCGAUUUUGUUGAUUUCGAUGCUCCUAUAGUUCAAGACUCCGUUGACAAUACUUCCAAUCAAGAUUUCUUUGGAGGAAUUGAUCACAUUCUCGAUAGCUUCAAGAACGGCGGGGGACUUCCUCCGGUGGGAAGUAACGGUGAUAGCUCUGCCGUCAAUGGAAAUGGAAUUCACGACCCCGUUGCUGGAGAUGGAUGGUCUCCCAAUGAGCUCUCUGGGGUCUCCAAGGAUUUACCUGACAACUCAGUUCCGCCAUCUAAUGGAGUUGAAAAGAAGAUUGGAAGCAAAGGGCAGGAAAAAAGCUGCGAUGAUAGUAAUUCCAGUUUAUUUGAUUAUUCUAAUAAGGAUAAUGGAGUUCAUCGAGACGAUAAAAGGUCAUCCGAGUCGAGAGAUAGGGGUUUAGAUAGUGAAGAGAGGUGUAGAAAGAGGGCUCGUGCGAAUGGCUGCAAGAGUGAUAGGCAGUAUUCUAGUAGAGGUCAAUAUUAUCCCCGGGAUAGGGAGAGAUGUUCUUCUAGGAAAAGGGUUCGAGAUUGGGAUGAAAUUGAUCGGAGAGAUAGAGAGCAUGUUAGGAGAAGAGAACAUUAUUAUGGUGGCAAUAGGAGGGAUGGGAGAGAGAGAGAACCAAGGGGUUAUUGGGAGAGGGAUCGGUCAGGGUCCAAUGAGAUGGUUUUUAGGUUGGGUACUUGGGAAGCAGAUCGGCAAAGAGAAGGGAAGGUGGCUUAUGACAAAACUCCCGAGUGCAAUGGAAAGAUGGAGAAGAAAGUUGAGCAGCCGAAGGAAAAACUCUUGGAGGAGCAAGCUCGUCAAUAUCAAUUGGAUGUUCUUGAGCAGGCAAAGAGGAAAAACACAAUUGCAUUUCUUGAAACCGGGGCAGGGAAGACCCUCAUUGCUGUUCUCCUCAUGAAAAGUAUUUCUGAUGAUUUACAAAAGCACACCAGAAAAAUGCUCUCUGUCUUUUUGGUUCCUAAAGUUCCACUAGUUUAUCAGCAAGCUGAAGUUAUUCGCGAGAGAACUGGUUUCCAAGUAGGUCAUUAUUGUGGGGAGAUGGGUCAAGAUUUUUGGGAUGCUCGUAGGUGGCAGCGCGAGUUUGAAUCAAAGCAGGUUUUGGUUAUGACAGCUCAAAUUCUGCUGAAUAUUUUGAGACACAGCAUAAUUAAAAUGGAAUCAAUCAAUCUCCUUAUCCUGGACGAGUGUCAUCAUGCUGUGAAGAAACAUCCGUAUUCACUGGUUAUGUCUGAAUUCUAUCAUACAACACCAAAGGAGAAGAGACCUUCUGUUUUUGGAAUGACCGCUUCUCCUGUUAACUUGAAGGGUGUUUCAAGUCAAGUUGAUUGUGCUAUAAAAAUUCGUAAUCUAGAAAGCAAACUGGAUUCUGUAGUCUGUACCAUCAAAGACCGCAAGGAACUCGAGAAACAUGUGCCAAUGCCUUCAGAAGUUGUGGUAGAGUAUGACAAAGCAGCCAGUUUAUGGUCCCUCCAUGAACAAAUAAAACAAAUGGAAGCAACAGUUGAAGAAGCUGCACAGUCAAGCUCUAGAAGAAGUAAAUGGCAGUUCAUGGGAGCUAGAGAUGCAGGAGCCAAGGAAGAGCUUCACCAAGUUUAUGGUGUAUCUGAAAGAACAGAAAGUGAUGGAGCUGCUAAUUUGAUACAAAAGUUGAGGGCUGUUAAUUAUGCACUGGGUGAACUGGGCCAAUGGUGUGCUUAUAAGGUUGCACAAUCUUUUCUGACGGCUUUGCAAAAUGAUGAGAGGGCAAACUACCAGCUUGAUGUCAAGUUUCAAGAAUCUUACCUAAACAAAGUUGUUUCUCUCUUACAAUGCCAAUUAUCAGAGGGAGCUGUUACUGAAAAAGACAUGAAUAAUGCAGAAGCAGAGAACUGUAAUGCUCAAGAUGGGACCAAUACUGAUGAGAUUGAGGAAGGAGAGCUCCCUGACAGUCAUGUUGUCUCUGGUGGAGAGCAUGUGGAUGUGAUAAUUGGAGCGGCUGUAGCAGAUGGAAAAGUGACCCCGAAAGUACAGUCAUUGAUUAAAAUACUUCUGAAGUAUCAGCACACAGAGGAUUUUCGAGCAAUCAUCUUUGUUGAGCGAGUUGUGGCUGCUUUAGUUCUUCCUAAGGUUUUUGCAGAGCUUCCGUCUCUGAGUUUCAUCAGGUGUGCAAGUUUAAUUGGGCACAACAAUAGUCAAGAAAUGCGGACUGGACAAAUGCAGGAUACAAUUGCUAAAUUCCGUGAUGGUCGUGUGACAUUGUUAGUUGCAACUAGUGUUGCUGAGGAAGGAUUGGAUAUUCGGCAAUGCAAUGUUGUCAUUCGAUUUGAUCUUGCAAAAACUGUUUUGGCAUACAUUCAGUCUAGAGGUCGUGCAAGGAAGCCUGGGUCAGAUUACAUCUUGAUGGUUGAGAGAGGAAAUUUAUCGCAUGCUACAUUCUUAAGGAAUGCUAGGAAUAGUGAGGAGACCUUGCGGAAAGAAGCAAUUGAGAGAACUGACCUUAGUCAUUUGAAGGAUACUUCGAGGUUGAUUUCGGUGGAUAUGGUACCAGGUACGGUGUACCAGGUUGAAUCAACUGGUGCCAUUGUUAGCUUGAAUUCUGCUGUUGGACUCGUCCAUUUUUACUGCUCUCAGCUUCCUAGUGACAGAUAUUCAAUACUUCGUCCCGAGUUUAUUAUGAAGAAGCAUGAGAAGCCAGGGGGUCCAACUGAAUAUUCUUGCAAGCUUCAGCUCCCCUGUAAUGCACCAUUUGAAGAGCUCGAGGGUCCCAUGUGCAGUUCUAUGCGUCUUGCCCAGCAGGCUGUAUGUUUGGCUGCUUGCAAGAAGCUCCAUGAGAUGGGAGCAUUUACUGAUAUGCUCUUGCCCGAUAAAGGAAGCGGGGAAGAAGCAGAGAAGGUUGACCAGAAUGAUGAAGGAGACCCACUUCCUGGAACUGCUAGGCAUAGAGAAUUCUAUCCAGAAGGUGUAGCAGAUAUACUCCAGGGAGAAUGGAUUUUAUCUGGAAGAGAUUGUGUUGGUGACUCCAAAAUACAUCGUCUGUACAUGUAUACUAUCAAAUGUGUAAAUAAUGGCUCUUCAAAAGAUCCAUUCUUAACUAAAGUCUCAGAUUUUGCAGUACUUUUUGGCAAAGAGCUGGAUGCAGAGGUGUUAUCGAUGUCGGUGGAUCUAUUUAUCGUUCGAGCCAUGAUAACAAAGGCAUCUCUUGUCUUCAGGGGAUCAAUAGAUAUAACUGAAAGUCAGAUGGCAUCCCUUAAAAAUUUUCACGUAAGAUUGAUGAGCAUUGUAUUGGAUGUGGAUGUUGAUCCUGCCACUACUCCUUGGGAUCCUGCCAAGGCAUAUUUGUUUGUCCCUGUGGUUGGCGAUAAGUUUGUAGAUCCUAUAAAAGAAGUUGAUUGGGAUUUGGUAGAUAAUAUAAUCACUACAAAUGCGUGGAGCAAUCCCCUUCAAAGAGCUAGGCCAGAUGUUUUCCUUGGGACAAAUGAGAGGACACUUGGUGGUGACAGAAGGGAGUAUGGAUUUGGGAAAUUGCGUCAUGGCCUGGCUUUUGGGCACAAACCUCAUCCUACUUAUGGUAUCAGAGGAGCCGUAGCCCCAUUUGAUGUUGUUAAAGCUACCGGGGUGGUUCCUAGUCGUGAUACGAUUGAGGUACAAGGGGAUUGGACCAAAGGCAAUUUGAUAAUGGCUGAUGGUGUUGCACGUGCAGAAGAUCUUGUUGGAAGAAUAAUAACAGCCGCUCAUUCGGGGAAGAGGUUUUAUGUAGAUACAAUAUGCUAUGACAUGUCAGCAGAGACCUCCUUUCCGAGGAAAGAGGGCUAUCUUGGUCCUGUCGAGUACAGCUCAUAUGCCGAUUACUAUAAGCUGAAGUAUGGUGUUGAGUUGAGCUACAAGCAACAAGCUUUGAUAAGAGGUCGUGGUGUUUCAUACUGCAAGAAUCUCUUAUCUCCUCGAUUUGAGCACUCAGAAGGUGAAUCGGAGGAGGCACUUGACAAAACAUACUACGUGUUUCUUCCUCCUGAGCUAUGUUUUGUUCAUCCACUUCCUGGAUCACUUGUUAGAGGUGCCCAGAGGUUGCCCUCUAUUAUGAGGAGGGUUGAGAGCAUGCUUCUUGCAAUUCAACUUAAGCACAUAAUACAAUUUCCGGUCCCUGCUUCAAAGAUUUUGGAAGCUUUGACUGCUGCUUCGUGUCAGGAGACAUUUUGCUAUGAAAGGGCUGAGCUUCUUGGGGAUGCUUACUUGAAAUGGGUAGUCAGUCGUUUUCUGUUUCUUAAAUAUCCACAGAAACAUGAAGGUCAACUGACCAGGAUGAGACAACAAAUGGUGAGUAACAUGGUAUUGUAUCAAUAUGCAUUAAAUAAGGGACUUCAAUCAUACAUCCAAGCAGAUCGCUUUGCACCAUCUAGAUGGGCUGCUCCUGGGGUGUUGCCAGUCUUUGAUGAGGAUACAAAAGAUGGUGACAUGUCCUUAUUUGAUCAAGAACAUGCAACUGCUGAUGUUUUACCAGUAAAAGUACUUGGUGAUGGGUUUGAAGAUGAGGAUAUGGAAGAUGGUGAGAUUGAGAGUGACUCAAGUUCUUAUAGAGUCCUCUCUAGCAAGACCUUAGCGGAUGUGGUUGAAGCACUGAUUGGAGUUUAUUAUGUUGAAGGUGGCAAGCAUGCAGCUAACCACCUCAUGAAAUGGAUUGGGAUCCAGGUGGAGUCUGAUCCUGAUGAUAUGGACUCUAUAGUGAAGCCAUCGAAUGUUCCAGAAAGCAUACUCAGGAGUGUAAAUUUUGAGGCCUUAGAAGGUGCAUUGAACAUCGAGUUUAAAAAUAGGGCCUUGUUGGUAGAAGCUAUUACUCAUGCUUCACGCCCAUCAUCGGGAGUAUCCUGCUACCAGCGUUUGGAGUUUGUUGGUGAUGCAGUCUUGGAUCAUCUUAUCACAAGACAUUUGUUUUUUACAUACACCAAUUUGCCUCCAGGUCGCUUGACUGAUUUGCGUGCUGCUGCCGUAAACAAUGAAAACUUUGCACGUGUUGCUGUAAAGCAUCAGUUGCACGUGCAUCUUCGGCAUGGAUCAAGUGCCCUUGAGAAACAGAUUCGGGACUUCGUGAAGGAAGUUCAGGAUGAGUUAUUAAAGCCGGGUUUCAACUCUUUUGGAUUGGGAGAUUGCAAAGCACCGAAAGUUCUUGGAGAUAUUGUUGAAUCCAUUGCUGGUGCCAUUUUUCUUGACAGUGGACGUGACACUGCAGUUGUCUGGAGGGUUUUUCAACCUCUGUUGCAUCCCAUGGUGACUCCAGAGACAUUGCCGAUGCAUCCUGUCCGGGAACUACAAGAACGAUGCCAGCAACAAGCUGAAGGCUUGGAAUACAAAGCCAGUCGUAGUGGCAAUUUGGCCACUGUGGAGGUUUUCAUUGAUGGGGUCCAGGUUGGAGUUGCUCAGAAUCCCCAAAAGAAGAUGGCACAGAAACUAGCUGCAAGGAAUGCACUUGCUGUUCUGAAGGAGAAAGAAACAGCUGAAGCUAAGGAGAACUGUGAGGAGAAUGGGAAAAAGAAGAAGAAUGGCAACCAGACAUUCACCAGGCAAACAUUGAAUGAUAUCUGCCUGCGUCGAAACUGGCCUAUGCCCUUCUAUCGGUGUGUGAAUGAAGGGGGCCCUGCCCAUGCAAAGAGAUUUACUUUUGCUGUCAAGGUUAACACCACUGACAGGGGGUGGACCGAUGAAUGCAUAGGUGAGCCAAUGCCUAGUGUUAAGAAGGCCAAGGACUCGGCCGCUGUGCUUCUCUUGGAACUUUUAAACAAAUGGUAUUCAUGAUUAUUUUGGUACUUAGUUUCCCAAUACUAUUUUUUCAAUAGCCCCCUUAUUGGUCGUGGGGUGCAUCACAAUUCUUAUAUUUUUUUGUCAUUAAUUAAGGCUUAGCCGAUCUUAUUACUAUAGAAUCAGCUUGAACAAUAAAAACUUGACCCGAUUUUAGGCGUGGUCCGCUUUUGGAUAUACAUACAUUUUCACAAAUAAA